GAUAAGUUGAGCAAGCAAAAUUCUGUGAUGACAAGGUCUUUACGUGUCCACAGUUUCAAAUUGCUUCGUGUUAUUAAGACCAUUAAGUAAACUACAAAAAGACAUAAACCUCUUCAAUCAAAACGAUACCCAUUUCUGUAAUCCUCAAACCCCUUUUAAUCACAGAAUCGAUUAGCAAACAAUCGGAAAACUUGAAGUCUUUAUUGUAAUCAAUAACCUAGUGAGAAGCAUAAAGCAAGCGUCACCACCGCCUUCGUUCUUCCCAAAUCCCAACCCCACCGCCCAUUUUUUUUUUAUUAUCUAUUAUUCGAUCUCUCCAGACACUUCUCAAUCAAAAGCUGAAAAGGAUUUAAUAGAGUACAAUCAUCAUAAUAAGACUUCAAAACAAAGAAAGAAAGAAAACAUGUCGAGCACUGAAGAGGCGGAUGAUUAUCAAUCGAAUGGGCAUCGGUUUCAAGGAGUGAAGCAGAGAUUAAAAGAUCGAUCCAGGAAAGUUGCUCAAACGAAAGAAAAAACGAAGGAGAUCUUGUCAAAACAAGCUGUUAAGAUCGCUCAACAGGCUGAAGAACAUGAAAGUUUUAUCACUAAGGUUACUCAUUUUAUGGGUGUCUUUGGCUUCGGGGGAUUUUGCUUUAUUUUGGGUGCAAGGCCACAAGAUAUCCGAUACGUCUACUGUUUGAUCUAUGUCACCUUCGUUCCACUUCGAUGGAUUUAUUAUCGAUAUAAAAAAUGGCAUUAUUACCUUCUGGAUUUCUGCUAUUAUGCCAACACCAUAUUCUUGAUCAUGCUUUUAUUUUAUCCCAAAAAUGAAAAACUUUUCAUGGUUUGCUUCUCGUUUGCGGAGGGCCCACUAGCAUGGGCGUUGAUCGUUUGGCGUUGUAGCUUAGUGUUUAGUUCCGUGGACAAACUCGUAAGCGUCCUCAUACAUCUUUUACCAGGGGUGGUGUUUUUUACUAUACGAUGGUGGGACCCGGCUUUUUUCGAAGCAAUGCAUCCAGAAGGAACUGCAAUGAGAGCUUCAUGGCCUUAUGUGGGAAACAAAUCAUUCCUCUGGACAUGGCUGUUUACUGUCCCCUUAAUCGCCUACAGUCUCUGGCAGGCGUUGUACUUUCUGAUAGUCAAUGUCCUUCGUCGUCAGAGGUUGUUAAGGGACCCUGAAGUCAUGACCUCUUACAGGGAGCUUUCGAAAAAGGCACAGAAAGCGAAUAACUUGUGGUGGAGGUUAAGUGGGUUGCUUGGGGACCAAAACCGUAUGUUUAUGUAUAUUUUACUGCAAGCGCUUUUUACGGUGGCAACGAUGGCUCUUACCGUGCCUAUCUUUUGGUCAUAUGAAUUGCAUCUUGCUUUUCAAAUGCUUAAAGUUUCGGCGACUGUAUGGAAUGGAGGUUCGUUUUUAUUAGAAGUUAUGCCUAGGCAAGUUGUUCUUAAGGAGAAAAGGAAACAAAAAGUGGUGCAGCCUGUAGAAGAAAAUCAUCAGCAAGAGUUGGAUCAUGAAAAAUCAACCGAGAGGAUGAUGGAGACACGGGCAAAAUGGUCAUUUACAUGA